AUGUUACGACUUACAAAAAGUCCGGUCUUGCGCAAAAAUGUAUGUCGCAAUUUGGCCCUGCGCUCCACUGAUAUUGUCAGAUCGCAACCAACAUCGAUUUUAAACACUCCAGCUAGAUUUUGCAUUGGGAAUUGCACGAAUUCCAGGAUUCACACACUACAAACCAGGAAUUACGUCUCUUUGCAUGCUAAUAACGCUGACCAACGACCUGCUCUGGAACAGUUCGGGACAAAUUUAACGCAGCUGGCUCAAGAGGGGAAACUGGAUCCAGUGAUCGGUAGAGACGACGAAAUUGCACGAUCCAUCCAAAUUCUAUCAAGACGCACCAAAAAUAAUCCAAUCCUCAUUGGUCGGGCCGGUGUUGGUAAAACGUCGUUGAUCGACGGUCUGGCUCAGCGCAUUAUCAGUGGACAGGUGCCCGACUCCUUAAAAGAUAAAAAACUGGUUGCAUUAGACCUUGGGGCUCUUGUUGCAGGUGCCAAGUACCGUGGGGAAUUCGAAGAACGGCUGAAAAAUGUUUUGGAAGAAAUCGACAAGUCAAACGGCGAAGUAAUUGUGUUUAUUGAUGAAGUGCAUAUGCUCUUGGGACUGGGGAAAACGGACGGGAGCAUGGACGCAUCCAAUAUUUUGAAGCCCAGGCUAGCCAAGGGCUUGAGGUGUCUGUCUGCCACUACAAUUGACGAAUUUAAGAUCAUUGAAAAGGACCCCGCGUUGACCAGAAGACUGCAACCCAUCAUGCUAAAUGAACCUAAUGUUCCCGAUACGAUUUCGAUUUUGAGAGGCUUAAAAGAGAGGUACGAGGUUCAUCAUGGUGUAAGAAUCACAGAUGCGGCUCUGGUAUCGGCUGCUACUUUGUCGAAUCGUUACAUCAACGAUCGGUUUUUGCCCGACAAAGCCAUCGACUUGGUCGACGAGGCUUGCGCUGUGCUACGUUUACAGCAUGAAUCCAAACCAGACGUUAUUCAAAGUCUGGAUCGUGCAAUGACUAGAAUUCAGAUCGAGCUCGAAUCAUUGAAAAAGGAGACGGAUCCAUUGUCUCUUGAAAGAAAGACCGCGUUAGAAGAAGAUCUAGAAGUCAAAAAGGCCGAACAUUCCAGGUUAACAGAAGUCUGGGAGAAGGAGAAAGCCGAGAUCGACUCUAUAAAAAAUGCAAAGGCAGAUCUGGAACAGGCUAGAAUCGACCUAGAAAUUGCCCAAAGAGAAAAUAACUUUGCCAAAGCGUCAGAGCUGAGAUAUGCCAAAAUUCCAGAGCUCGAGAAGAAAGUGGCUCACACCCAAGAGAAGGACGCCGAGAAAAAUCUACUUCAUGACUCGGUCACGUCUGAUGACAUUUCAAAAGUUAUUGCCAAAAUGACAGGGAUCCCGGUCCAAACAGUGUUGAAGGGAGACAAGGAUCGUUUGCUUUUCAUGGAAACCUCACUAAAAGAGAGAGUUGUGGGGCAAGAUGAAGCCAUUGACGCAAUAUCUGACGCUGUGAGACUGCAGCGGGCGGGUCUCACGAGUGAGAAAAGGCCCAUUGCAAGCUUCAUGUUCUUGGGUCCAACUGGUACUGGUAAGACAGAACUGACCAAAGCUCUUGCCGAGUUUUUGUUCGAUAAUGAGUCCAAUGUUAUAAGGUUCGACAUGUCGGAAUUCCAAGAGAAGCACACGGUCUCACGUUUAAUUGGUGCUCCUCCAGGUUAUGUUAUGAGUGAGUCGGGUGGACAACUCACAGAGGCUGUUAGACGCAAGCCCUACGCCGUUGUGUUAUUCGAUGAAUUUGAGAAAGCACACCCCGAUGUUUGCAAAGUCUUGCUUCAAGUUUUAGAUGAAGGAAAACUUACUGAUUCGCAAGGGCAUCAGGUUGAUUUCCGUAACACUAUGAUUGUUAUGACAUCUAACAUCGGCCAAGACAUCUUGCUGUCAGACACUGAUCUUGGGAAUGACGGAAAAGUCAGUCAACGGACUCAAGCCAAGGUUAUCGACGCGAUGAAGCGUUCAUACCCACCCGAAUUCAUCAACAGAAUUGAUGACAUGCUGGUCUUCAACCGUUUGUCGAAGAAAGUACUUCGCUUGAUUGUUGACAUAAGGCUCAAGGAAAUUCAAGACAGAAUUGCCGAUAAGCGAAUGAAACUUGAGCUUACCGAUGCGGCCAAAGAGUGGUUGACAGAACAUGGUUACGACCAAUUAUACGGAGCGAGACCACUCAACAGAUUAAUUCACAAGAAAAUAUUGAACCCCAUGGCAAUGUACAUGUUAAAGGGUCAAGUCAGACCUGAGGAGACGGUUCAUGUUGAUGUCGUAGACGGUCAAAUUUCUGUGAAAGCUAACCACAUUGAGGGUGAAGCGAUUACCUCAGAGAAAGAGGUUUGA